GAUUCUUAAGAAUUUCCAUAGCGGGCUGAUAAAGGUACCUUUAUUGACUGCUUCCGGAAUGUUAUCACAUGCCUUUCCGUUAAUUUCCGUGACGUUUAUCACAUGCAACUUCGUGCAUUUCCGGAAAUUUGAUUGAAAACGACAACAGAACGCGGAAAACGGCAAGUAUGAGAAUGGUAUUUCUUAAAAGGUCUUCACAGUCAAUUGAUCAUAUUCUAAAUGUGCAAAGAAUAAAAUGGACACAAGUUGGCUGCAGAAAUAUGUCAGCUGUUUUACCUUGCAUUGCUUACCAACAGAAAGGCUUCUCAUUCAUCCAAAAAAAUUACCAGCUAAAUAGAUGCAAAUAUUGUUAUGUCAAUAAGUUUAGAUAUCUUUCAGUUUUCAAUGAACCAAGGCAUUUAGAUUGUCAUAAUAAUCCUAAAUUCAGCAAAAAUCUGCUGAAUAGGAAUAUUUUUCCAGGUUUAGCAAUUUCUAAUACACGAAGCUUUUCUCAAGCAAGUUGGGCUUAUUACACAUCAACUGAAUUUGCCCCAGUUCGUGUAGCUUCUGACUAUAUAAUAACAGUUCAUCACUAUACUGGCCUGCCAUGGUGGGCAACCAUUAUACUAAGUACAAUUCUUUUGCGAACAUGUUUAACGCUGCCCCUGUUUAUAGUAUCACAGAGAAACAUGGCUCGAUAUGCUGCUGUUAACCAAGAAAUGGGAGAAGUAGCCAAGACCUUGAGAGGAGAAGUAUUUCAUUACAGCAGGAAGCAUAACUUGACACAGAAUGAAUCCAAGAUGUUAUUGGCUAGAAAUGUGAGAAAACAGCUGAAAAAGAAGAUAGAAGAACAUAACUGUCAUCCAGCCAGAGGAACUCUUGUUGUAGCAGUGCAGUUUCCUGCCUGGAUUUUUAUGUCAUAUGGAAUCAGAAACCUAUGUGGUUUUACCAUUAGUAGGAGAGAUGACCCAACAAGUAUCUACGAGGGUUUUACCAGUGGAGGUGGUAUUCUGUGGUUCACAGACUUAACAGUUCCAGAUCCACUCUUCAUACUUCCUGUCAUAAUUGGCAUUAGUAAUCUUUUACUAACUGAGAUGCAUUUGCUAUCACUACAAAGUAAACUAGAAGCAGAGCCAUUGCCUAUGAAAUUGAUGAAGUUUUUCUUCCGUUUUGUCAGUAUAUAUUUGAUGUACAUUUCAUCAAUGUUACCAAGUGGUUUGUGUGUGUAUUGGUGUACAUCAAGUUUGUAUGGUGUUGUACAGUAUAUGAUUAUUCAGCAGCCAUGGGUCCGAAGAGCUCUGAGAAUACCAAAAGUUAAUAACGAAAGUGAAAAACCUAUGACUGAUAUUAUAAGAAUGGCUAAGAAAAAAUAUUUUCGAAUAAAGAUUGAUUGAAAGUGGAA